CGCUCUAGAAUAGUCGAUUAUAAGCUGUCAAAUAAGGCAGAGUGAUAUGUUGAAAUAAAAACAUUGUUACGUUUUUGAAAGCUUACUUAUCAAUUUUGCAAAAGUGAAGUGAAAAUAUUCUGUGUUCGUGUUAAUAUAUCGUGAAAUUGUUUUCAAUGACGACACCGCUUGGAUAUGACGAGCUUCUGCAGUGUCCAUUUGAAAAAUCCCAUCGUAUUCAGGCUCAUGCGAUGUCUAAACAUUUGUUCAAAUGUAGGAAAAAUCAUCCAAAUCAGAAGUUCAUAGCCUGUCCUUUUAACGAGUCCCAUCGAGUGGCUUCUGCUGAUCUAAAAUCCCAUGUCCAGCAAUGCGAGGACCGUGCCACUUUCGACACUUAUAAAUACUCUAUUAGUACAACGGCAGUAAAUGUUCCCGAAAGCACAGUCACACAACCAGAGCUGAUUUAUAACAACAGCCCACCAAAGGAACCUGAUGGAAUUUCGAAGAAUGUUAAAAAAGGUGGGAGAAUCAUCGAAAAAAACCCUGUGCAACUAGACGAUGAGGAGUGUUGGGAUGACAUGAACGUUCCUGCCUAUAAUCCACAAAAUUAUUGUUCAAAAGCAAAAGUGAUACGAAAAGCUACGCUGAGAAAACCGUCCGAGAAAAAGGCAUUUUAUGAGAGUGAGCGACUUCGGUUGCAGGAUCUUAAGUUAACCGAUGAUUAAAGCAGAAAUACAAGUUUUACCGAUAGUAGUUGACUGUUUCUUAUUGAAGAAAUGUCAGUACCAAUGCCACGUCAGUACCAAUGCUACAAAGAAAUACCAAUUUAUUUUAAUUAACAUUUUACUCAGUAAACUGAUGUGUAUGGCUGUUUCCUACAAUUGUAAGUAAAGUUCAUGGCUGUUUUUCUAAAAUUGUGAGUAAAGUCUUAAACGACGUUAUAAUUGAACGAAAUCACACUUGUAACGGCUGAAGUAAUACCAAUGUAUGUACUGUAAAGAAAUUCAAUUGUCACAUGUUUAAUAAAAAGUUAUGUUAAUGCGAAAAAA